UCUCUCUCUCUCUUUUUUGGUUAAAAUAAGCAUGGGCUGGGGUCUGAGGAAUAGUUGACUGCGAAAACGUUGACGCCUGCGCAUUUUUUAUUAUAGAUAUUUAAUAUAUAACAUGUUUGUUAUAUCUAUUUUAAGGUUAAUUAAUCUUUUCUUUAUCACACUAACACUCAUAUUUGUUCCGAAACAGUGGAGUAUAUAUAAAUUGCUCUAAUUAGAUAAGUAGCAAAUAAAUGGAUUUUAAGGUUAACAUUAUCCAAUCCUUCCCCUAACUCAACACGUGGACACACACCCGACUUAAUCAGAUUUUGGUGUUCUAUGUAAUUUAAUCAAUGAAAAACCGUUUUCUUGAUUUCUAUUACCAUUAUCAUGUUUUAAAUUGUCAAAAGUUAAUCAUAUGUUUACUGUUAUAUUAAUAACCAGUGAAAAACCAUUUUCUUGAUUUUGAUUGUCAAAACUUGAUCGUCAAAUUUAUUUUUAUACCAUGGUGGUGGUCUCUUUCUACAAAUUAAAUCAUCCUUGUAAUUGCUCCAUUUUAGAUUUCUACUGAAUUUCCUUUGAUAACUUGUUGGCUGCUAUGUGUAUGUAGGUGCUGCCAGAAAUAAGAAUACUGAGCAAUGGAUGGUGCCAUGAUUAAACCUGAUGACACGGUUCCAGUCACGAAACACCUGGCCUACCUCGUUUCGUACAAAAAAUAUUUGAAGGACUUGCAUAGCAAAAUGAGGGAGUUGAAUUUUGCAAGAAUAGAUGUUAAACAGCACCUGAAUCGGAAUAGAAGAAGUAAUCUUGAGGUUCCAGCCCAAGUCGUGGAUUGGUUGGAAGAAGUAGAUAAGAUUAAUGCACAGGUGGAUAACGUUCCUAUUGAUGCUGGCAGUUCUCUCAAUCUCAUGAAUAGGCAUAAGCUAGGAAAGAAAGCCUUCAAGAUAAUUGAGGAGAUUGAAAGUCUCUUAAGACAACAAUCUUUGAUGGCUUGGAGUGAUGUACCAGUUCCUUUGGGAAAAGUUGAUUUCAUGAAGGCAUCCGCGUCAAGUGAUCACAAUGAAUUCCAAUCAAGAGAGCAGAUUUUUAUGGAUGCACUAAAAGCACUUGGACCAAAUAACACAUCCCACAUGAUAGCCUUAUCGGGGAUGGGUGGAGUGGGGAAGACGACAAUGGUGCAACGGUUGAAGAAGGUUGUGAAAGAUAAGAAGAUGUUCCAUUAUAUUGUCGAGGUGGUUGUAGGGGCAAACACUGACCCCAUUGCUAUCCAGGAUACUGUUGCAGAUUACCUCAGCAUAGAACUGAAAGGAAAUACGAGAGAUGCAAGGGCUUAUAAGCUUCGUGAAUGCUUUAAGGCCCUCUCUGGUGGAGGUAAGAUGAAGUUCCUAGUAAUUCUUGACGAUGUAUGGAGCCCUGUUGAUCUGGAUGAUAUCGGUUUAAGUUCUUUGCCAAAUCAAGGUGUUGACUUCAAGGUCUUGCUGACAUCACGCAACAGUGAUAUCUGCAUGAUGAUGGGAGCUAGUUUAAUUUUCAACCUCAAUAUGUUAACAGACGAGGAAGCACAUAAUUUUUUCCGUCGAUACGCAGAAAUUUCUUAUGAUGCUGAUCCCGAGCUUAUUAAGAUAGGAGAAGCUAUUGUAGAGAAGUGUGGUGGUUUACCCAUUGCCAUCAAAACUAUGGCCGUUACUCUUAGAAAUAAACGCAAAGAUGCAUGGAAAGAUGCACUUUCUCGUUUAGAGCACCGUGACACUCAUAAUGUUGUGGCUGAUGUUCUUAAAUUGAGCUACAGCAAUAUCCAAGACGAGGAGACUCGGUCGAUUUUUUUGCUAUGUGGUUUGUUUCCUGAAGACUUUGAUAUUCCUACCGAAGACUUAGUGAGGUAUGGAUGGGGAUUGAAAAUAUUUACCAGAGUGUAUACUAUGAGACAUGCAAGAAAAAGGUUGGACACGUGCAUUGAGCGGCUUAUGCAUGCCAACAUGUUGAUAAAAAGUGAUAAUGUUGGAUUUGUCAAGAUGCAUGAUCUGGUUCGUGCUUUUGUUUUGGGCAUGUUAUCUGAAGUCGAGCAUGCAUCAAUUGUCAACCAUGGGGAUAUGCCAGGGUGGUUUGAAACUGCAAAUGAUAAGAACAGCUUGUGCAAAAGAAUUUCAUUAACAUGCAAAGGUAUGUCUGCGAUUCCUGAAGACCUCACGUUUCCAAACCUCUCGAUCCUGAAAUUAAUGGAUGGAGACGAGUCACUGAGGUUUCCUGAAGGCUUUUAUGGAGAAAUGGAAAACCUUCAGGUUAUAUCAUAUGAUAACAUGAAGCAGCCAUUUCUUCCACAAUCACUUCAAUGCUCCAAUGUUCGAGUGCUUCAUCUCCAUCACUGCUCAUUAAUGUUUGAUUGCUCUUCUAUUGGAAAUCUUUUGAAUCUCGAGGUGCUCAGCAUUGCUAAUUCUGCCAUUAAAUUGUUACCCUCCACUAUUGGAGAUCUGAAGAAGCUAAGGCUCCUGGAUUUGACAAAUUGUGUUGGUCUCUGUAUAGCUAAUGGCGUCUUUAGAAAUUUGGUCAAACUUGAAGAGCUUUAUAUGAGAGUUGAUGAUCGAGAUUCGUUUUUUGUGAAAGCUGAUGACAGCAAGACCAUUAGCUUCAUGGAUGAUAACUACAAUGAGAUGGAAGAACGUUUAGAAAACAUUUCGGUAUUAGAAUUUGAGUUCUUUCAAAAUAGUGCUCAGCCGAAGAAUAUUUCGUUCGAUAAUCUUGAACAAUUCAAGAUCUCAGUGGGGCGUUCUUUGAAAGGGGCAUUCAGAAAGAGCAAACAGUCGUUUGAAAACACAUUACAGUUAGUCACCAACAAAAGAGAACUAUUGGGAUCUAGAAUGAAUGAGUUGUUUGAGAAAACGGAGAUGCUGUGUUUAAGUGUGGAUGAUAUGAAUGAUCUUGGAGAUAUUGAGGUGAAGUCUGUACAUCCUUCUCGAUUCUCUUCAUUCUACAAUGUAAGAGUCCUUGUCAUUUCCGAGUGUGUGGGGUUGAGAUACCUUUUCACACUUGCUGUGGCAAAAGAUUUGAAAAAUCUUGAGCAUCUCGAAGUUUACUCAUGCGAUAAUAUGGAAGAACUCAUACAUAGUGAGAAUGGUGGAGAAGAGACAAUUACAUUCCCCAAGUUGAAGUUUCUAUCUUUAAUUUGUCUACCAAAUCUGUUGGGCUUGUGCUGUAAUGCCAACAUAAUUGAGCUACCACAACUCUUGGAGUUGGGACUUGCCACCAUUCCAAAUUUCACAAGCAUUUAUCCGAAGAAUGAAUUGGCAACAUCUUGUUUGUUGAGGGAAUCGGUUGUCAUUCCUAAGUUGGAGAAACUGCAUAUUCGUCAUAUGGAGAAUUUGAAGGAGAUAUGGCCUUGUGAAUUGAGUACUAAUGAGAAUUUUAAUGAAUCGUUGUUGAAAGCUAUUGAAGUAACCGAUUGUGAUAAGCUUGUGGAUCUAUUUCCAUGCAAUCCCUUGCCAUUGUUGGAUAAUCUUCAAGAGCUUCAAGUACGGAGAUGUGGUUCCAUUGAAGUGUUAUUCAACAUCAACUUGGAUAGUGCUGGUGGGAUUGGAGAAGGCAGCAGCAAAAGCAGCCUGAGAAGCAUUGAAGUGAAUCAAUUAGGAAAACUAAGAGAGUUAUGGAGGAUAAAAGGUGCAAAUAGCUCUGGCCUCCUCAUCGGUGGCUUUCAAGCUGUUGAAUACAUAGAGAUCACAAAAUGUAAGAGCUUUAGAAAUGUAUUCACACCAACCACCACCAAUUUUGAUCUGCGGGCACUUAAGGAGAUCUGGAUAAAUAAUAACGGAGAAAAUAGGUGUAACAAUAAUUUGAUGGAGAGUAGCCAACAAGAGCAAGAGAUUAUUGUUAUAUCAAAUGAAGACACAUCAAAAGUCGGUGACUGCAUUCCAAAUGUUGUAUUUCCUUCCUAUCUCGUACAUUCUUUUCCUAACCUACAUCAACUUAAGCUGUGGAAUUUUAAUGAAGUGGAGGUGGUGUUUGAGAUUGAGCCAAGAAGUAGAGAAUUGGUAACAACUCACGAUAAUCAACAACAACUACUUCCCUACCUCAAGGAAUUGGAUAUAAGGCAUAUGGACAACAUGAAUCAUGUGUGGAAGUGUAAUUGGAAUAAAUUUUUAAUCCUUCAAGAACAAAAAUCAAAACCAUCAUUCCACAACCUCACAACCAUACACAUAAGUUCAUGCACAAACAUUAAGUAUUUGUUUUCACCUCUCAUGGCAAAACUUCUUUCAAACCUAAAGAAUGUCAACAUAGCAAUUUGUGAUGCUAUUGAAGAAGUUGUUUCAAAUAGAGAUGAUGAAGAUGAAGAAGACACUAGAUCUAUCCACAAAAGCACCGCUUUUUUUCCGUAUCUUGAUUUUCUCACUCUUGCUUGCCUAAGCAAUCUCAAGUAUAUUGGUGGUGGUGGUGCCAAGCAUAGGAGCAAUGAAUCAUCUUCCAAUAAUACCACUACAAGGACCGUCAUUUCUGAUGAAUCCAAGGUCGAUGGUGUCUCUUGGUCCUUAUGCCAAUACCCUAGAGUGAUAAGUAUAGUAGAGUGUGAUUCAUUGUCAACUGUGAUUCCGUCUUAUGCACUAAGACAUAUGCAAAAGCUUGAAGCGCUGAAGAUAGAGUCUUGCAAGUCAGUGAAGGAGGUAUUCGAAGGAAAUAGUGGUACACAAAGACUAAGCAAUGUUAUUAUGCUUCAACUUCCCAAGCUGAAGAAAUUGGAAAUUAAAGAUUGCGACCUUGUGGAACACAUAUUCACAUUUUCGGCCCUUGGAAGCCUCAUACAACUCGAAGAGUUAAUGAUAGAAGAUUGCAAGGAAAUGGAAGUGAUUAUAAAGGAAGAACAUGGAGAGAAAACAACAGCAUCUAAUGUUGUGGUCUUUCCUCGUCUCAAGUCCAUUAAACUGGUGAACCUACCAUACCUCCAGGGUUUCUUCUUGGGAAUGAAUGAGUUCAAGUGGCCUUCUUUGGAUAAUGUUGCAAUCCGUGAUUGCCCAGAAAUGACGGUGUUCACACGUGGUAGGUCGAUGGCUCCACAACUCAAGUCCAUACAAAGAAGCUUAGGCAAAGAUAUUGAUGAAUGUGACCUUAACUUUCAUCAGACCCCAUUACGGAGUUUAGGCAAUACUUUGGAAGUGAUACCUCUGCCUGUUCAUGAUGAGAACAGAAUACAUCUGGAAAAUGAUGUAUCUACCAAAAAGAUUAUUCCAUGGAGUGCGUUGCAAAAACUGCAAAUGCUGAAAGAGAUUCAUGUAUGGAGCUGUAAUGUGGUAGAGGAGGUAUUUGAAGCAUUGGAAGGGACAAAUAGUGGUUCUGGUGAAUCACAAACCGUUGUGAAUCUUCCAAACCUGACAAAAGUGGAGUUAGUGUUUCUAAAAAAUCUCCGGUAUAUAUGGAAGAGCAAUCAAUGGACCAUAUUUGAGUUUCCAAACCUAAAAAGAGUCUCUAUUUCUCAUUGUCAUUUGUUAGAACACCUUUUUACUAGUUCCAUGAUUGGUAGUCUCUUGCAACUCCAAGAGCUACAUAUUAGUUGCUGCAACAAUAUGCAGGUAGUUGUUAAGGAUGAAAAUGUUGUAGAAAAAGAGGAAAAAUCUCUCAGAAAAAUGAAUGAGAUUAUGUUACCUCAUCUAAAGUCCUUAAUACUUGAUGAACUUCCAAGUCUUAGAGGGUUUUGCUUAGGGAAGAAGGAUUUUUGUUUGCCAUUAUUGGAUACUUUGAGAAUCGAAAGAUGUGGAGCAAUAACAGAUUUUCGUUUCAUCAAGGGAUAUUCGGCUACUCUUGAGCUAAAAGAAACAGAAUCAAGUCUUGGCUCAUAGUAUGUAGGGGAAACCACCAACUCCUUUAUAAAGAUCAAACAAGAUUACAAGAGGAAUCCAAAGGAGAUACCAUAUAUUAUAGAUCAUGAUGAUGCCAAUUGGGAAUAUUGCGUUGGAUUACAAGUUUAGACCCCUUUUGCUUCCAAGGAUAGUAUGAGAAACAAAAGGAGACAAGUUAUGAAAAUUUUCAACCAUUCCAUGUCUUUGAAAAUGGUGGUAAUAGUCCUUGUGUAGUUCUACCUUAUAGUACUUGAUUCUUUUCACGGUAGUCUUCAACCAAAAAUAUCGCAUAAUUGUUUCUCAUGAUUCUUAUGUUACACUAUUAUUAUUGGUGUAUUAUUUUUGAGCCAUAGCCUGCCUUAGGCCGAUCUCGCAUGUA